GCGCCGCGGAACGUGGGAACGUGGUGGCCGCGGCGUCGCCCGGCGCGCAGGAGAUGACGCAAGAUGCCGGCGGGCGCACGCGCCAUGCCCACCGCGGCUUUAAGGCUCAGGGCGCGGAGAAGAUUGCGCUGAGCUUUAGUGGAGGUGGGGGUAGGAGCCAGGGCGGGAGCCGGAGCCAGAGCCAGAGGUGGAGGUUGCCUGCAGUGCUGGGCUAGGUGACAGGGUCGCCUCCUUGUUCUUCCUCCAGCAGGAGCCCUGGAUUUGGAGGCCGAGGGUCUGGGCUCUAGUUCCCUUUGCCAUUGAUUAUCUGUGUGACCUUGGACAAGUCGUUUGCUUUCUCCGGACCCCCGGGGCCUUCUCCUCGGCAUAAGGGACCUGAUGGCCUCGGCGCCCUCUUCCACCUCUCCAGCUCAGUGAGCCUCAUCAGAUCCUGUAAUACUGACAGCAGAAGGCCCACUCCAGCAGCUGCUCCUGUCUGUGGUUCCAGCAUGCCUUUUCACUGGGGAUUGUGCCUGAUAUACAGGAUGUCCAGGAGUCGGACAGGACCUAUCAGAAAGACAACCCCACCACUACUGGGCUCGCUCUCCCGAUAUCUGACGCUGAGCACACAGAAGAGAAUUUCAGAUUUCAAUAGUUUUGUUGUCCGAACUAAUACUUGUGGAGAAUUGCGUGCCUCUCACUUGGGCCAAGAAGUCACCUUGUGUGGAUGGAUUCAGUACAGAAGACAAAGCCUUUUCCUGAUCCUGAGAGAUUUCCAUGGGCUAAUUCAAGUCGUCAUUCCCCAAAAUGAGUCAGCUGCCUCCAUAAAGAAGCUAUUAUGUGAAGCUCCCAUAGAAUCUGUGGUUCAGGUUACUGGAACUGUUAUCUCUCGGCCUCCAGGGCAGGAAAAUCCAAAAAUGCCAACAGGUGAAAUUGAAAUCGAAGUGAAAACAGCUGAGCUUCUGAAUUCCUGCAAGAAGCUGCCCUUUGAAAUUAAGGACUUUAUGAAGAAAACAGAAGCUCUUCGUAUGAAGUAUCGCUACUUAGACUUACGUAGUUCCCAAAUGCAGUAUAAUCUAAGACUGAGAUCCCAGAUGGUCAUGAAAAUGCGGGAAUACCUCUGUAAUCUGCAUGGGUUUGUGGAUAUUGAAACACCAACAUUAUUUAAGAAAACUCCAGGGGGUGCAAAAGAAUUUGUGGUACCAUCAAGGGAACCCGGAAAGUUUUAUUCUCUUCCUCAGAGUCCUCAACAGUUCAAGCAGCUUUUGAUGGUUGGUGGUUUCGACAGAUACUUCCAAGUUGCACGUUGCUAUCGAGAUGAAGGUUCUAAGCCAGAAAGGCAACCUGAAUUUACCCAGGUUGAUAUAGAGAUGUCUUUUGUAGACCAGGCCGGGAUCCAGAAAUUAAUUGAGGGUUUGCUUCAUUAUUCAUGGCCUAAGGAUAAAAAUCCUCUUACUAUUCCUUUCCCUUCUAUGACUUACGCUGAAGCUUUGGAUUUAUAUGGGACUGAUAAACCAGAUACUCGCUUUGGAAUGAAGAUUGUUGAUGUCAGUGACAUAUUUAGGAACACAAAGAUUGAAUUUCUUCAAGAUGUGCUGAAGGAGCCCCAAGGCACCAUCAAAACCAUCUGUAUUCCUGGAGGAGCAAAAUAUUUUAAAAGUAAAGACUUUGAGGCCAUUAAGAUAUUUGCUGUUAACCAUUUUAAUCAGGAGGUUUCACCCUUAUUUCUGAAAACCAGUGGAAGCGGGAAAUCUCCACUUACCAAGCUCUUAAAGGAAGAGGAGAAAUCAGCUCUGAUCAGUCUAAUGAGGGUCCAGGAAGAAGAUGUGCUCUUACUAACUGCUGGGGAGUACAAUAAGGCGUGUUCUGUAUUAGGAAAAUUACGCCUGGAAUGUGCUGACCUUCUGGAGGCCAGAGGAGUAGUGCUUCGUGACCCAGCUGUGUUCCACUUCCUUUGGGUGGUGGAAUUCCCACUCUUCCUUCCUAAGGAGGAAGAUCCCACAGAACUAGAGUCAGCCCAUCAUCCAUUUACUGCUCCUCACCCCAGCGACAUCCACCUCCUCUACACUGAGCCAGAAAAGGUUCGAAGCCAACAUUAUGAUUUAGUGCUGAAUGGCAGUGAGAUAGGAGGUGGCUCUAUCCGAAUUCACAAUGCAGAGCAGCAGAAGUAUGUCCUGGAAGCAGUGUUAAAGGAGGAUGUUAAACUGCUCUCUCACCUACUUCAGGCUUUAGACUUCGGGGCACCCCCCCAUGGAGGAAUUGCUUUAGGGCUAGACAGACUUGUGUGCCUUGUCGCUGGAGCACCAAGCAUAAGAGAUGUCAUUGCCUUUCCAAAGUCUUUCCGGGGACAUGACCUGAUGAGCAAUGCCCCAGAUUACGUAUCUUCUGAAGAUAUAGAGCCCUACCACAUCAAGGUCAAGAGGCCAGAAGUCACAGACAGAAAAGAUGUCAAGUCUGUUAUCUGUGAAACUGAGUCUUCACAACAGUUGGUCAUUCCAAGCCUUGCCAAGACUGAGAAUCCCUUGAAAAAAUUGGCUUCAGGCCAAACUCCUGAGCUUUUGGAAGAAAGGAAGUCCAGCAGAUAUCCAGAUAACCAAUGAAGAAGGAGUGGAAUACAUGGAAGAUGUCUCCUUUUCUCUCAGUAAUAGAGCACAUCGGGUGUCUCAGACUGAAGGAUUCUGUGCCCAUUGGAUGGUGAGGGUGGGUGAGAAAGGCUCCUCUCUGAGAUCAGUCAUGGCUUCGUGCCCACUAACUAUGGCUCUCCAGUGCACCCAGUCACUACCCACUCGUGCAUCCUUUACAGCAAAAGUGAUCGAAAUGUGUCGGGUGGAAAAUGCUAUCGUCGCUGUGGUCGUAGGGUCAAGACAGUGUGGUUUUGUCAUCACCCUGGUAUUACUGGCUAAAUUGUAAUGUUUCACUUUCACUGUCGGGGAGGAGACUGAAUACCAGGCGAGAAGUUAGUCAGGAGGCCGGCUCUAGGUCCAGGUGCCCCAAGGUCAUCUCACCCGUCUCAGCCUUGGUUUCUUCAUCUGAAAACUAAUCAUGAUACCACUUGAUGACCUACCUCACAAGGUGGUUAUGAGGAUUAAAUAAUAUCCAUUGAAAAAUCAAAGUGCUAUAUAUCUAUUAGGUGCUAUUAUUAACUACCAAAAAUAUUAUAUACAGAGAGGCAGCUAAUCAGUUGUAUAUUAUGACUAAAGCCCAAGCAAAGAGUAACAUCAACAGAUUUAUAAAUCAGCUGUUCAUGUUGUUUUAAAGAAUAAUUUCAUCAUUAAAUGCGAUCCUUUGCCCUGAUUAGAAGCAUCAGCAUACGACAGUACUAAUUAAGAUGUGCAUGACAUUAGUAGAAAGAACACAAGGUUCAAGUGCUGACUGCCACACUACCUGUGCCUAGUAGGGACAGGACUCUUGACACUCCUCUACCAUUCCUAAAUUACUGAUCUCAGGAGAUCAUUGUGAGGAACACAUUUCAUGGCCUAUAAAAUAGCACUAUAUAAAUGUGACCUUAAUGGCGCUAAUGAAACAGUAGAAGGUUGGUUCCAUUAAUUAAUGAUUAGGGUUGACAAUAGAAAUACAAACAAGACUAUGAUUAAUUAUACUUCCUUGAUUUACCUUAAAUUGGACAAUAUGCAUUUGGUCCAGAAUUUUCAAAUACCUUCAUAUACCUGGCUAUUUUUCGUUGGGUUACAGGUGACAUAUAAAUAUUGGGCCUAUGAUCUAGUCAGCUAAGAAAAAAAUUUUUUUUUGUGAAUAAAAUUUGUCUUCGAUCAUGUUGUAAGUUAUACAUAACAUAGAUGGGGUUAUACAAUAGGAAAGGUGCUUUUCCCUCAAGUUUGUCUUGCCAAUGGUGUCUCACCUUACUUUGGUGGGCACUUGGUGACCAGAAAAUUUUUAAUGAGAGGAUUUGGAUGGUGACAUAAAAGGUGCUGGUGUUCUGCUCUGUACCAGCUGAAGGUUUUUCUGAAGUGAACAGAAACCUUCCUUAGGCAGAGUGGUCCCAUUUUUUCCGACUGCCUCUUUCUCAUUGACAUGUAAUCACCCAUUUCCUGAUAUUAUUAAAUAUAUUCACCAUGCCUGCUACACACUGACAAAAAGCUACCAGUAUCCCAAAAUCUCAAAGAGGUCAACAUUAGAUCCCAGAAAAUUUAGUCAUAUUGCCUAAGUCCUUUUCAAGUCUGCCAAAAAAUGUUUAUUCUGAAAUUUAGUAAUAUUUUACCACUUUUAAAUCUUGGGGUUUUGAACUAGAACUGUGAUUCUGCAGAUACAGAAAAGUCCUUGCCCCUUCCCCCCACAACACACACAAAAUUGGGCAGGUGCUCCAAGAUUUAAUCUAGGAGACCUUGAGAAGUUAACGUGCCUGGCAUCACAGCAGCAGGAUUCCAUCUCAGCAAGUCUAUCUGUUUUUCUGCCUACCAGAUCGAGGAUCUCCAAUUAGUCAUUUAAAGCUAAGUAUCCACUCUUAGUUUAAUUUUUAAGAUGUCCUAGAGCAAUUUUAAGAAUAGCUUAUAUUGGGAAAUCUCUGUUCUUUUUAAGUUCAAUUUUAUUUGGUUAUCAGUUUUAGAUUCUUUGCCUCCUCCCAAUCUCUUCCUUAUCCAUUGAGAAGGCAAGAAAAAUAAAACCCAUUACAGUGUGUAUAGUUAUGCAAAACAAAUUCCUGGAGUAGCUAUAUCAAAAAAAAAAAAAGGAAGAGAAGAAAAUAUGCUUCAAUUGGAACUCUUGCUCCAUCAGUCUAUCUGGAGGUGGCUAGCAUGUUUCCUAUGAGUCCUUUGGAAUUGUAGUUGGUCCUUGUGUUGAACAGUUACUAGGUCUUUAAAAGUUAAUUACUUUUCCAAUAUUAUUGUCAUUGUAUGA